AGUUGAGGUGUUUGUUUACAUGGAGACACGUUGUGAAGGUGCUGACGCUCUGGGUCCUGCUCCAUGGCCAGGCUCUAGACUCUAAGAGUAACACCUGCGUUACGUCGCCCUGCGCCUCAACUCUCGCUUCCUACAGUCUACACGUAGAAGUCUGUGACCUGUCUGGACUUCGUCUUUACGGCGCCCUGCUGCUUCAUCGGGAAGGGAGAGCUACACACAGUGCCAGUAAUGGGGAAGAUCAAGAUGGAGGUUAAGAAAAAGACUUACCAUCUUCAGCAGCAUGGUAAAGUGAAGAAGCCAUUAAAACAAGAUUACUCUGCGAACAUUAUGAAGAAAGUCUCUAAUAUUAAAAAAAAUUUGUGUGUGGAGACUGUAGAUACUUUACAUGGGAGCCAUAAUAAACAAUUGUUGGAUAAUCCAUCAAAAAAUAAGCGGAAAAAGAAUAAAAAGGAAAGCAAAAAUAAAUUUAGAAAAUUACAAGAUAAUGAAGUCUCCAGCACAACACCCUUCAUAAUUGACCCGAUACAAAAAUCUUCAAAGCCUUCAGUAUUAAUGUCGUCCACUGCUCUGAAGAAUCAGUGUGUAAAUUUGUCUCUUCUGUGGAUAAAUUACAAGCAACGUUCGACUCCACUUGUCAAAGCUCAGUCAGACUGGUACAUGCAGCUUAUGAAUGAAGAGCCUGAGAAAUUACCUACUGAUUCAUAUACAAAGCAGAAACUGAAAGACUUAGCUGGUGAAAUUCUCAAGCAUGAUGUUAUUAAUUACAACCAAAUUGAAGAAAGAGGCUCUAAAAUGCAGGAGGUAAAGUUCAGGAAGACUGUAUUGUCACAUGGAACCUCACGAGAUAAAGUGGCUGCUCUUGUCCUUAGAUGUAUGGAAGCUCCAGUUCACUCCCUGAAUCACCUCAAUUCCCUUAUUGCUAUGGUUACAGCAAAAUCCAAGAGUGGGUAUGAAGAUGCAUUGAGUUCACUUAUAGAGCUCUUCACGUCAACCUUAUUGCCAGAUAGAAGAACGAUUAAGAAGUUUGAAGAACAUAGUUUUUCUUGCUUGAAUCCUUUUGUUGUAAGUAACCGUGAGCUUGCAGAAAAACAGCUGGCACUCUGGUACUUCGAAGAUCAGCUGGCCUGUGCUUAUCAGAAACUUAUCAGACAGCUUACUGAGGUUUCUCAUGACACAGUGGACAAGAACAAAUUGAAAGGUGUACGAAGUCUUGUAGAUUUGUUAACUAAUAAUCCAAGUCAAGAGGCGAGUCUUAUUGUGGAGUCAGUUAUCAACAAAUUGGGUGAUCCAUCAAGAAAAGUUGCAGCACAGACUAUGUACCUCUUAAGAACACUGCUCCAGAGGAGACCAACACUGAAAAUUCAAGUUGUAACUUCAGUUGAAGUAAUGUUGUAUAGGCCAAAUGUGAAUGAGAAAAGUCAGUAUUACUGUCUUUGCUUUUUGAAAGAUAUGAUUUUCUCCAAGGAUGACCACAGGCUUGCUGCAGAGCUCCUUAAACUCUAUUUUGGCUUUUUUAAAGCUUGCACAAAGAAGGGAGAGGUGAACACGCGGCUUAUGAGUGCAUUACUGCGUGGAAUCAACCGUGCCUUCCCCUAUUCACAACUGGAAGGCAAUGCAUUGGAGGAGCAGCUCGACACCUUGUAUAAGUUGUGUCAUCUUGUCAAUUUUGCUAUAGCUACUCAAGCUCUUCAGUUAAUUUAUCAAGUGUUGAGUAGUAAACAACUAAUUUCGGACAGGUUUUUUCAAGUGUUGUACAAACAGUUACAAGACCCAGCAUUUGGAUUUUCAUCAGCAAAUAGUGCCUUUCUAAAUCUGAUUUUCAAGGCCUUGGUAUUUGAUGACUCGUUACAGAGGAUACAAGCUUUUAUAAAACGUCUGUUACAGACAUGCCAAUACCAGAGUUGUAACAUGAUUUGUGGCAUACUAUACCUUAUUUCUGAAGUAGUCAAAGAGAAGCCAGGACUUAAGACUAUGACACAGAUGUUGCUUCGGAAUUAUUUAUUUGAUUGUAAUGACGAUGAUGAUGAUGGAUUAGAAGUCUUUUCGGAUGCAGAAGAUCUCAAUGAAGUGGAAAGUACUGAAGAAGACAAGGAAAGCUACAAAAAUAUAGAUAAGGUAUUGACAGUUACAGAAAAACGUAACGAUGACGGGUAUAUAAGUGUAUCGGGUCAAGAGAAUGCAGCCAAAUCCAAUCUCGUGAAACCUUCUGCACUUUCAUCAUGGGUUCAUAGUUUGAAUACUGGACCAACUACAAGUAACAGUGCAGUCUAUGAUCCCUACCAUCGAAACCCUUUGUAUUGUGGUGCUGAAUACAGUCCUCUAUGGGAACUUGCUUAUCUUCAGGCACACUACCACCCAUCUGUAUCACUGUUUGCCACCAAGCUCAUCGCUGGGGAAAGUAUUGAUUACUCUGGAGAUCCCCUACAAGACUUCACACUUAUGCGAUUCCUUGAUAGAUUUGUGUACAAAAAUCCAAAGAAAAUGGAAGGCCAAACGGAUGGUGCUGGAGGAAAUGUACUAGGUCGGCGCACACAGUAUGUUCCUCAAGGUGCUCGAAGGCUUGCAGUUAAUACUGAGGAGUUCUGCGCAUUAGACCCAGAAAAAGUGCCAGUGGAUGAGCAGUUCUUCUAUAGAUACUUCACACAGUACAAGACGACAUUAAAGACAGAACCAGUUGAUAAGGAGGAUGCUGAUAGUGUUGAAGAUGAAGAAUUUGAUGAGUAUAUGAGAAGAAUGCAAGGAGUGAGUGCAGAUGAUUUGGAUGUAGAUGAUGACGUUGAUUUUGCUUCAGGAGCAUCAUCUGCUGCUAAAGCUAACAAAGAUGAUUCUGAAAAUGAUGAAGACGACAGCAUUUUUGGUGGAGAUAGUGAUGAUGCAAGUGAACAUAAACUAAGCAUUGAUAAUGACGAUGAUGUUGACAAUGAUAACUGGCAUGAGUUUGUUGAUGAAGAUGAAGUAGAUGAUUUUGAUUGUGAUGAUUUGAACUUGGAUGAUGAAGAAGCAGUAGAUUUUUCAGAUGCAAAGCAACUCCAUUGGGAGGUGGACCGUGACAGAAAUUUUAAAGAAUUUGAUUGGCGUAAGAAGAAACAAGGAAUCGGACGCAGUGGAGGUCAGCGCAGGGAACGCUUCAGAAGUGACAGAGCCAAGGACCAAUUUAAAACUAAAAGAGGAGGAUUCAAGAAAUUCAAGAAAAGGAAGACACAUUAAAAUUAUAUCUCUGCUCUAAAUUCUGUACACCAUAUAAAUAUAUAAAUACUUCAUUCUCAAACCAUAGUUCUUACAUUCAGUUGCAAAUGACUGCAUUUUUUGUAUUGUCUGCAGUGUCUUCAUGUGACUUUUCAGGCUCUUCUCUAUAUACUUAGCCUUGCUCUUUAUCUUGCUUCUUUUUAGUCUUUUAAAUACUGUACUGCACAGUAUAUAAUUUCUUGUUGAAGAAAAAGGUUACUUUUUGUAAAAGUAAUCCACUGCUGAGUUCUGGCGUAAUGAUUUAUGACUCCGUUCUUUGUAUUCUUAACACAGUUAUGAUGUACAAAUGGGCACAUUAUUUAAUAGUUUUCUUCUAAUGUAUUCUAUUGUCAUUAUCACUCAGCUUGCUGCAUAUUCUUAGCCUGACAGGUGUAAAAUAUAAAGUACAUUUUAUUUAUAUAUUUUUAAUCACUGUAUAUUGAUGACACCCCCCAAUUACUCUGAUUUGUUAUACUUCCAGAAAAAUCUCAUUCAUAGCUCAGUGACAUAAUUACUGUUGUUACUAAAAUUAAUUUCAUAAUAUUAAAUAAAUUGUCUGUAUAUAUGUGAUAUAUAUGUAUACAUGUGAUGUAUAUCUUAACAGUUUAUCAGAAGUAGUACAGUUGGGUUCAUUCUCAACUCUCAAUCGGGAAUCCUAGGUGGUACAGAAAUGGUUGGUCACAUUUCCUAUCAUCCACUGCUUCUGUUCACGUAGCAGUAAAUAGAUACCCCCAGAAGUUACCCAACUGUUAUGGAGUUGCAUCCUGGGGAGGGUCAGUAGUUGAUCUUGGGGUACCUCAAUACAAACCUAACAUAUGUACUUUAUAUACACAGGCUACCUGUCCCCAACAAGAUGAUUAUAAGGUGCUGUACACCCUAUUAAUGUUUUUGACAAUACAGUACAACAUCUCGACAAUAAAUAUGUUUCCCAUG